AAAAGGGCUAAUCAAUGGCGCAGAUGGUCUGAAGAUGUAAUUCUGCGCAUGAUAGUGCCCUAUCUAUCAUACAUUCAAGAGACUGUAUCGCUACGUCAUGCCAACAUGCCAGCAAUACGUCAUCGGACUGGUGGAGAGUGCAGAACUGGGUGCAGAACUCGUAGCAUCAAAGUUGCAUGCGUGUUUUUUGACGCUUUCGAGGAAAUCACCAUCAUCGCCUGCCCUUGUUCGCCUGCCCCGCUUCAGCUUCUUCAUUGCGGGUUUUUUCCAUGUGCGCCCGUGGCACCCUCCCUGGCAGUCGACUUACGACUUCUCGAGUUCGUCCACCUUCUUUUUCUUCGUCAGUCUCCCAACCAAACGGCGUGGUGUGAUGCGCUGGAGACCUUUCUGGACGGAAUGAAAUAUAAGUUGAGGCUGAAGGAUAGCUUACGGCGUCGCUUCAGCAAUGCGUUCCACUGGUACCAGGUCUUGACUGUAUUGGCUCAGGACCACAUUUCUACGCUCGUCGUUGGUUCCCGGAAAGAUGGUGCUCCUGUGGACCAACCUAGUGAUUAUCUCCGCUCGCGGUGCCCACUCUGUUUUGGAGGGAACAAUUGGCGAAACGGAACAAGAGAUUCUCUUCCUAUGUGCGUUAUUUCUUACUAUGCUACCACAUCGAUUAAUCAUUUGUAG